UUUCGCUGUUUGUAAAAUUGCGUCAGUCACAAGGUGUAAAUGGACAAGCCUUAACUAUUCGAUUCCAAAAACUGAAAUCAAAAAGAUCGGAAAUUCUGAUUAACUUACUAUUAGACAUUUGUUAUUUCACCCCUGAAAAUACGCAGUGGCAGACGUCCUUAGGCGCUAAAAGCCCGCCACUAGGCUAACUUUAUAGUACUUAUUGGAAAAUUAUCAGUUCAACACUAUCUAAUAUUAUUUCUUAUCAAUUCAUUUCCUGGUAGCUAAGUGGAAAUUUUACAAGAUUAGAAAAAUACUAUUCAGAUAUUUCAAACAGUAAUAAAAUCACAACCAUAUCUUCUAACUAACCAAUCCAUAACAUAAACACGAAAAGUAUGUUUAAAAAAUCACAACAAAUAAACGUGUAUAUGAAUUAAAUUCCACAGAAAGUUCAAUUAUCUAAUUGUUCUUAAAGAAAAUAAAAAUUUCGUCAAAUUAAAGUGAGUCAUAAGGUGUGUCCACGUCUCUUCCGGUCAUAGGGGAGUAAGAAGAAGAUUUGUUUAAUGUGACCCAUUCGCAUAUAUGCCGUGUGUACACGUCUUAACCCAGACGUUGUAUCGAAGUUGCUGAUCACGGAUACAUAACACAGGGUUUUCAGCAUCACUGAGGUAGUUCCAUUGUCCAAGUGACAAUCUAAGAAUAAGAGUAUGGCUGAUAGGCAACCAAAGCUGUUUGUGCUGAGAGUUGCAUUUUUUGCUGCCUUCUUUGUUCAGGUGGUCUUUUCACACGUCUUCACUUCAACCUCUAUUGAGAUUUCUGCCUCUAAUAUUAAUACAUCUGCUGUAGAGGUCAGAUUUGCUGGCAAUCAGACUUUACUAUCUAACCCUACCAUAUCUGGCAAUGCAGCCUCAUUUACAAUUGAAAAUCUUCACCCCGGAACUUUAUACGAUAUUACUGAACUGCUUAAUUCAUCAUCCUGGGUAUUGACGACACGACCCUUAGAACCAACUAAUAUAACUGAAAUUAUUGUUACUGGAACAAAUGUUUCUAUUAAAUGGCAAUUUGACAAGCAGAAAUCUGGUGGAGAUGUAUGGAUAAUUAAAUACAAAGUCGAAAAUGCAGACACUUACGAAGAAAAAAAUAGGAGCUUACAAAGCAUACAAUUAAUAUUGCUAGAGGAUGGUACAAAGUACGAAGUGGAAAUAUGGACUGUGGCUAACAAUAUGACAAGUGAAACAUUCUUGAAUACAUCAUUUGUUACUGAUCCUGAUGCUCUUUCUAAUGCUACUGUGAAAACUAAUGGAAGAAACAUUACAGUUAUUUGGGUAAAACAGCCAUCAUUUACAUAUACUGCUUGUUUAACAAAUGUACCCACCUGUUCUGAAAAGAAAAACAUAAGCACACAUACAUUUACAGAUCUGGUAGCUGGAAAAUCAUAUGAUUUAUCUAUCAUUGUACAUGCUUAUGACAAAAACAGCAGUGAAUAUAAUAGUACUAUAAUACUCCCUCCAUUGCCACCAACUAAUGUGCUUAAACACAGUAUUACAACAAAUAGUGCUAACAUCACAUGGAGUUUUAACAAGACAUUAUCACAAGGAAGUGAAUGGUUAAUUAAAUAUAAAACAGAUUCUCACCCGUACAAAAACAAAAUAAGCGAUAAGCAAAGCAUUGAAUUAACAUCAUUAGUUGAUGGUGAGAAAUAUGAGGUAAAAAUAUGGACCCGUUCUAAUAUGGUAUACAGUGAAUCACCUGCCACUGGUAGUUUCGUAACUUUACCUGAAGCUCUUUCUGAAGCUACAAUUAUAUCUACAGGAAAAAAUAUUACAGUUACGUGGAGUCAACGUAAACAUUUUACAUAUACAAUUUGUCUAACCAAUAUAAGCCGUUGUUCUGAAAAUCAAAUUGCAAAUACAUCCACAUUCAAUAACCUGACACCUGGAAUGAAUUAUACUGUAUCUAUUGUUGUUCAUGCUUAUGGGAAGAACAGCAGUGCAUAUAGAGACUCUGUAGUAGUCCCUCCAUUGCCACCAACUAAUGUGCUUGAACACAGUACUACAACAGAUAGUGCUAACAUCACAUGGAGUUUUAACAAGACAUUAUCACAAGGAAGUGAAUGGUUAAUUCAAUAUAAAAAUGAUUCUCACUCGUACAAAAACGAAACAAGCGAUAAGCAAAGGAUUGAAUUAACAUCAUUAGAUGAUGGUGAGAAAUAUGAGGUAAAAAUAUGGACCCGUUCUUAUAUGGUAUACAGUGAAUCACCUGCCACUGGUAGUUUCGUAACUUUACCUGAAGCUCUUUCUGAAGCUACAAUUAUAUCUACAGGAAAAAAUAUUACAGUUACGUGGAGUCAACGUAAACAUUUUACAUAUACAAUUUGUCUAACCAAUAUAAGCCGUUGUUCUGAAAAUCAAACUGCAAAUACAUCCACAUUCAAUAACCUGACACCUGGAAUGAAUUAUACUGUAUCUAUUGUUGUUCAUGCUUAUGGGAAGAACAGCAGUGCAUAUAGAGACUCUGUAGUAGUCUCUCCAUUGCCACCAACUAAUGUGCUUAAACACAGUAUUACAACAAAUAGUGCUAACAUCACAUGGAGUUUUAACAAGACAUUAUCACAAGGAAGUAAAUGGUUAAUUCAAUAUAAAAGGGAUUCUCACCCAUACAAAAACAGAACAAGCAAUAAGCAAAGCAUUGAAUUAACAUCAUUAGAUGAUGGUGAGAAAUAUGAGGUAAAAAUAUGGACCCGUUCUUAUAUGGUAUACAGUGAAUCACCUGCCACUGAUAGUUUUGUAACUUAUCCUAAAGCUGCUUCUAAUUUUACUAUAGAUACUAAGGAAAGAAAUAUUAUAGUUACCUGGGAAAGACGCAAACGCUUUUUGUACACAGUUUGUUUAACAAAUAUACACAACUGUUCUAAAAAGAAAAACACAAGCACAUAUACAUUUACGGAUCAGGUUGCUGGAAAAUCAUAUAAUGUAUCUAUCAUUGUACAUGCUUAUGACAAAAACAGCAGUGAAUAUGAGAAAACUAGAAUACUCCCUCCAUUACCACCAACUAAUGUGACAAAAAAUCUUACAAACAAUAAAUUGUUUAUGGAAUGGUAUAUUGAUAGUAAUAUAACUGUUGCAAGUGAAUGGCAUAUUGAAUAUAGUACUGAGAACGACACUAAAUAUCUUAAUACAAGCAUCAGAAACGCAACCUUGAACUUGGUUAGUGGUAAAGAAUAUGAAAUUAAAAUAUGGAGCAUAUCUCUUGGUGUAAUGAGUGAAACCUUUUUACUUACAAAUCUUUAUACUGCUCCAGAAGAAGUAUUGGAUAUAAUUGCAAAGGAAAAUGAUUCUCAGUUAACAGUAUCUUGGUCACCUCCUUCACAGUCAACGAUCACACGCUACCGAAUAGGUUAUUCCGAAUCAUGUUCAAGGAGUCAAGACUGCUUAUCUUGUAAGAAAGUAAAACAGAACACGGGAGGCUCUGGUUUUAAAGUGACGAGAUCUAACGAUAUAAAUGAGACAUCGUAUACAUUCUCAACCAAACCGGGUUGUUGUUAUCACAUAAUAAUUUGGGCAUUUAACAGCGUUGUACAAGGGAAACCAACUUAUCACAAAUGCAGAACAACAUCUUACAAACCACCAGUUGAAAACAAGCCUGAUAACAUACAGUUAGCUUCUGCUACGACUGAGUCAGUUACAGUGACUUUAAAACCGAACCCUUUCAAAGAAACCCAAGGACCGAUUAUUAAUUACAACAUAAUUAUUGCUACAGACAAAAGCAUGAAGCAUACUAAUAAAAGGGAACUUCCCACCUGGAAAAAAUUUAAAGAUGAUGGAAACAUUAAAGCAUAUCAGAUAUUUUGGAAUUGCAGUAAUCUUUAUGAGAAGUCAAAUGCUUGCAGCAAUUUCCAUAGUAAAUCAAAACGGAGUUUAGAUGAAGCUAUUAAAUAUAGCAUUGGCACUGAAAAUUGUGAGAAUGCGAAAAGCUUUUGCAAUGGCCAUUUAAUGCCAGACACUGAAUAUUAUAUUAAAGUCAGAGCCUAUACGUUUGAUGAAUUUUCAGACACAGACUAUUCACCAGCAAUCAAAACUGAAAAAGAAAAAAUGGAAGGUUAUCUCAUUGCAAUUAUUGUACUAAUAAUUCUACUAAUUAUUGUUGUGAUUGUUGGCAUUGUCCUAUAUAUGGUGAGAAGAAAGAAAACAAAACCCAAGCCAGUUGUUCCAACAGACAGUCCUUACAUUAUGCAACCCACAAGCCAUCCUGUUAGGGCAACGGACUUUGAAUCACAUUUUACACAGAUGUCUGCAGAUAGUGAUUAUCGAUUUGCAGAAGAAUAUGAAAGCGUAAAAGAAGUUGGCAAACACAAUGAGACAUUGGCUGCACAUUUGACAAGCAAUCGUAUAAAAAAUCGCUUUGUCAACAUCUUACCGUAUGACUUCAGCAGAGUUAAAUUGACAAAAGCUAGUGAUGAUGAUGAUGAAGGAUCUGAUUACAUAAAUGCUAAUUAUAUUCCAGGAUUCACUUCUCGCCGUGAAUACAUUGCAACACAAGGACCACUAAGUUCUACACGAGAUGAUUUUUGGCGUAUGGUAUGGGAACAAAAUGUCCACAACAUUGUGAUGUUGGCUAACUGUAUUGAGAAACAUCGUGAAAAGUGUGAUCAUUAUUGGCCAGAUAAUGAUGAAACUAGAUGUUAUGGAAAUAUAAAAGUAGAGAAGUUGAACGAAACUAUAACAUCAGAUUGGACAGUCACAGAGUUUCUAAUGUCUAAUCUAGACCGUGUAACCAGACAUUUACAUCAUUUUCACUUCACGUCAUGGCCAGACUUUGGCGUUCCAAGCAACCCUCAAUCAAUUAUUACAUUUGUCAGGCUUGUGCGUAAUAAAUUGCAAAACAUUGGGCCUCUUGUGAUACACUGCAGUGCUGGAGUAGGUCGAACUGGAACAUUCAUUUCUGUAGAUCGCAGUUUGCAAGACUUGGAAAAGAAUAAUGAAGUUGAUGUUUUGAGAGUUGUUCAUGAAAUGAGGCAGCACCGUUCCUUUAUGGUGCAAACAGAAGAACAGUACAUAUAUAUCCACCGCUGUAUACUAUAUGCAAUACAAGGAGAUAACAAAGAUAUCUAUGAAAAUGAAACUUACAUGAAUGAAAAUAUAUAUGAAAAUACGAAUGCAGGCCAUGUAAAUAAAGCAUUUUUGUAUGGUCCUUUUUUCCAUGCUGGUAUAUCGUGGAAAGAUCUGCAGAUUCAGACAUUUGCAGGUGUUCUUGGAGCAGGUAUUUCACAACUGGAUGCUUUCCCCAAAGCCAACACUAGUAGGAUUAGACUUUAUUUUCCAGAUAGUUAGACUGAGGCAAGUAGAGAGUCAUCUACCUCAUCCAAAGAAAUGUUAUUUGGUUGUUGUGUAUAUAAAAUAGUGGUAUAUUUUGUUCCAGCCAGUUGAUAUAAGGCUGUCAAUGAAUUAAUAAUAAAUUAAAGAUGAAUAGGCAGGUAUGGAGUUAAGAAGUGUGAGAUUAUAAAAAACUUAUGUGCUGUUUGGCAGAAUAUUGUUCUAUGUGGCGUUCAAUUAUAAAUAAUUAAAAAUACACAUUAAGUACAGGACAUAACCAGCGAGUGAAAAAUACGUAAACACACGG